AUGCGGCUCUCCAUCUACAACAUCUUCGCUGCCAGUGCCUCGGCCCUACUACACGGCUCAGGAUCGUCGUUCUGCAAUGUCGGCACGGUUCCAACAACAUGUCAACAGCUCAAGAGCGAUUUCCCAAACAUCACACUAUUGCCUGAUGAUCCCGGCUAUUUGAACGAAACCAAAGUCUCAUGGAGUGCUUCGGCUUGGGAACGUCCCGCGUGCGUCGUAGUGCCUCACGAUGCUUCCGAGGUUUCCAGCUUCGUCAAGCAACUAACGGCAUCGCAUGUGCCGUUCGCGAUGAGAGGCGGUGGCCACAUGCCCAUCGCGGACGCUGCGAAUAUCAAUGCCACGGGCGUGCUCAUCUCCAGCACCAAUCUCCAGACUCUUCGACUGUCUGAGGACCGAUCUUACUUUUCAGUGGGCCCCGGUCCGAGAUGGGCAAACGUUUACGAGUCUCUCAAUGGCACGGGCUUGAUCGUCGUGGGAGGACGCUUGGGUCCUGUUGGAGUGCCAGGCUUGCUUCUUGGUGGAGGGCUUUCGUUCUACAGUUUCAACCAGGGGAUGGCUUCUGCAGGCGGCAAAAUUCGAGCGUACGAAUGUGUAUUGGCUGACGGAUCCAUUGUUACUGCAACUUCGGAUAACGAACAUUCUGACCUGUGGUGGGCUCUGCAAGGAGGUGGAAACUCCUUUGCCAUCGUCACUCGUUUCGACCUCCAGACCUUUUACGACCCCACGCCGUUGAUUGCAGAAGCUUCUUACGGCAGUGGCGACCCUGUUCGAGAAGCAUUCCUGGCUGCUGUAUUGGCCUUCACAGCAGAUGAGGAUGCCGAUCCUUUCGCUGCCAUCACACCAAUUGCACGUUGGGGUCCGAACUACACACAGCCUGCAUAUUUCUCGACGCUCUUCUACAACGGGACUGCGGCUCCAACAUCAGGUCCGUUCGCGGAAUUUGUCAACAGCACUACGACUGGUCUUCCCGCUGAUGAUGGAUCCUCGGUUUUAAGUAAAUUGCCGCUCGCAUCGUACGGAGCAGGUUACCUUCCAGCUUUCCGAGCUGGCGGUGAAUCGUAUGGUCGUCGUCAAAAAUUCCGCGUCAUCAGUUCCAAGGCCACCAAGGCCACCAUUCAGAUUAUCCAUGACACAUAUUUUGACGUCCUCAACUCCACUGGUAUCGCGAAUACCGUUGGUGACUUCUUCACUGGCCUUGCGUUCAAUCCUGUCACGACCAGGAUGGCUGAAGCAAGCAAAGGGUCGCCAUACGGAAUUCCAGUUGAGCCGGCGUUUUGGGUAGAGCAGAGCGUGACGUGGGCCUCAGAUGAAGAUGACUCUGUCAUCGAACAGUUCCUUGCUGAGGUCGACACCAAGAUUGAACAGAAACUCCAAGAGGUGGACGGCUAUUCGAGUUACAUCUAUCUCAACGACGCCGAUAAGGGCCAGAACGUGUUUGAGAGCUACGGAGCGAGCAAUUUGCGCCGUCUUCAGGAGAUCAGGGAGAAGUAUGAUCCUGAGCGGGUCUAUACUGACUUGAUGCCUGGCGGCUGGAAGGUUGCACAUGCUCAGGAUGCGACACAGGCGUCGGCGAGGUCUUAUUGA